CAGCGUUCAUCUGAUCGAACCCGCCCAACACAGUCUCCAAUCCCAAGCCUCCGUUAGGUUCAAACUCCGAUGCCGCACCGCUCUUAUUAAUAUCUAUGAAAACUAAAAUAAAGCGGUUAAGUAGGAUAUUCUCUUUCACUGUGUGCCCCACCAAACCCAAUUGCAGUGUUUGGGAAGAAAAGUACAACUAAUCUAUAAAAAUCUCCUCCGACUUUCCAUUACCAUUUCAUCCAACAACAGAAUAUGGCUUUAACUGGUCUCCCCUAGCAACCUUCUUCUUACUUCUCUCCGCUUCUUAUCUCCAGAUUCUUGGGGCGGAAGCUGAGUCGUUGACUGCUCACAAACUUAAUUCUCCAAUUCUUCAGGAAUCUAUUGCUAAACAGAUUAACGAAAAUCCUGAGGCGGGAUGGGAGGCUGCCAUGAAUCCUCGUUUCUCCAAUUAUACAGUUGAACAAUUUAAGCGCCUCCUUGGAGCCAAACAAACGCCUAAGGCCGUACUCGGGAGUGUACCUGUUAUUUCUCAUCCAAAAUCAUUGAAGUUGCCGGUGAAUUUUGAUGCAAGGACAGCUUGGUCGCAGUGUAGCACUAUUGGAAGAAUUCUAGAUCAGGGUCACUGUGGUUCUUGUUGGGCAUUUGGUGCUGUAGAAUCAUUGUCAGAUCGCUUUUGCAUUCAUUUUGAUGUUAAUAUUUCUCUCUCUGUCAAUGACCUUCUCGCAUGCUGUGGCUUUCUGUGUGGAUCUGGGUGUAAUGGGGGAUAUCCCUUAUCUGCAUGGCGAUACUUAUCCAACCACGGUGUUGUCACUGAAGAGUGUGACCCAUAUUUUGAUCAAACUGGCUGUUCUCAUCCUGGAUGUGAGCCAGCUUAUCGGACUCCCAAGUGUGUUAAAAAGUGUGUAAGUGGGAACCAGCUGUGGAAGAAGUCAAAGCACUAUAGUGUCAGUACCUACAAGGUCAAAUCUAAUCCCCAUGAUAUCAUGGCAGAAGUGUACAAAAAUGGGCCAGUUGAGGUCGCAUUUACUGUUUAUGAGGAUUUUGCUCACUACAAGUCAGGAGUUUACAAACACGUCACAGGUUAUGUACUAGGCGGUCAUGCAGUGAAGCUAAUUGGGUGGGGAACAACUGAUGAUGGCGAUGACUAUUGGCUUCUUGCAAAUCAGUGGAACAGAGAAUGGGGAGAUGAUGGUUACUUCAAAAUCCGAAGGGGGACAAAUGAAUGCGGGAUUGAAGAGGAGGUAACUGCUGGUUUGCCUUCUACCAAAAACCUCGUAAGAGAGGUGACUGAUAUGGAUGAUGGCGUUGCUGUUUCAUUCUGAAUGUAAAUACGUUACCUUGCCAAUUAUAUGAUGUAUGGGUAUUGAAAUCGAAAAAUCUGCACUAAAUCUUGCCUGUAGGCUGAACCACGCUAUUUUUAUGAUUAUAAUGUGCAAAGUCAUGUUAAUUGUAAUGGUAUUGAUGUGUUUCUUGGUUUACAAGCCCCGAUCUUUUGUG